AUGGCUGCAGAUUUCAUAUCCUCUUCGCUGCACUUAUUGGCGGGUCGGCGUUCCCGUCAGUUGCUAGUGUUCGGAGGUGAUACAGAUUGUAGCACGGCGACAGGCACAAUAAGCGGAAAACUGCGGCAAUCGCGGGGCCAGAAAGAGACGCGCAAGGAGCGCAUUGAAGCGUUCAUUCGAGCCCAAAAAGGUGUGCUGUUUAGUGAAGACGUUGCCGACGAAGUUGAAAAAAACCUCUUGGAUGGUCGACCCGUGGACACAAAACAUCUUUUGUCGUCUCAACCGUUGGUGUCUUCCCAGCGAAUAAGGAAAGUAUUUCGGCCAGAUGGCGCCUCAACGGGAGACAGUGGGGACUACUCACAUGCUCGAUCAUCAGAAGAUGGGACACCUUUUGGAGAGCUUUUGCGGACAGAACUAACCGGUGACGAAGCAGCAGCUUUGGCAAGAAUUUCUCUAGCGGAUCCUUCGGAAGAGUUUGCGAGGGCAGACGGCUAUUCGAACCAUAUUCAAUCCAGUGAUAAUAGUAAUGGACCAACUAGUACGUUGGCGAGAGCAGUGGACGAGAUUGAAGCUAAACAAGAAUUGUCUACGGGCAAGCUGUCAGCUGGUCCAGGGACGCGUCGAGCCACGUUGUCGGUAGAAGCGCGUGGGACCAAAGGACAAGGGACGUCGUCUAUGGCACUGGCUCUAGCGCGUGUGGUGUCGGGAGAGGACGUUUCGGCGCUUGACUCGGGACGCCGGUCGACUAUAAGUGCUUCGGCACAACUAGACUUUGGAGAGGUCGUGGAACAGCCAAAGGCAACGCCAACUUCUCGAAAAUCCGCGGCCGUGGUUGGCUCAAAUGCUCUUGGUUCGACGUCAACCGCAAACGCGUCAAAUGCAGUGUCGUUAGAAUUUGCGUCCGUUGUACCAGGAGCGAAUGCAAGCCGAAGACUGUCGACUGUCAACGCAAAAAUCAUGCGGAACAGCGAGUCUCAUCAAGAAACAGCAUGGUCGUUAUCCAGACGACUAUCGUCUGCACUUUUCGUCCAAACAGGCACGCGAAGACAGUCAUUGCUACCAGGAGCGCAUGGAGGAGGUAAAUAGAGUGUCGGAGAUAUAGCGGUGGUGAUGUUGUUGUUGGAAGGUGAAGCUUUUUUUUUAGUAUCCUAAACGACCUACAAUCUAGUCCUCUCAUCAUCAUCAUUAUUCGAGGAACAUUUUUUAUUUUCGAGGGUGUCAAGCGGAAGUAUGUUCGUAGGACGUUGUACUAGGUCCUUCGCAGGUCAAAUUCCCAGACGUGGAAGCAUCUCGAAGCGAAAUAGCUUGGCGCCGAACUCUAACGGCAGCGAAAAUUUUCGGGUGGCUGUUGAUCAGGGGGCCAGACGCUCUACGAGACGGCCUACUCUACUCGAAACUUUUGAUGUGACAGCACCUACGAAAAAGUCCAGCUACAACGACCAUCCGUCUUUACAGCGCCCGGCGAUUUUCGUCGGUCGCCAGGCCACAGAUCCACCUGAACGAGAUGUAGGAAGCGAAAAUACUGCGUCCAAACCUCCCUCCGAAAAGACACUAUCGGCGGUAGAUUUCCUUUCGGAUUUGAGGGGGUCGGGAACAGGCAGUCGGAUGAGGAGCUUGGCAGGUGGAGAGGCGCGUGGGGGCGCAUUGGUCCCGAACGGCGGACCUCGGCCUUCAGUUUUAGCUGAUACAGUGGCCGGCAAAGCGCGUACCUCUGAAUCACGGCAAGGGGGGGUUGAUAAAGUCGGCAGUCUCGAAUUUGGAGAAAGGUCCGGGCGUGGCCCGGUCCCACGUGCACGUCUCAGCGUUUUCCCAAGGGCGACGCGCAGGUCUAGUUUGUUGCCAGGAUCAGCAGCGAGCAGAACGCGCAGUGCGCGCGCCACGGUGGCGGCUGCACCGGGUCGGGCUUCACUCAUGUCCUAUGCAAGCGCGACAGGGAAUCAUGCGGCGUUGUUACAGUUAUCCACGGCGCCUGUGACAGAAGAGGGGGCCGGGGCCGACACGAAUGGUACCCUAAGAUCAUUCUUAGUGAGGUUUUUGAGAUGCUAGUGCCGCCUGUAGUACUAAAACCAAAAGCGCUGUUGCAAUAACUCAUGAUCCACUAGAAAAGUGAGAUCGAGAUUUACUAAAUCGUUGGGAUUUCACAUACUUAAGUAUGUUCUUCUCAGCUUCGCCUGAUGGACCCGAUGAAGAUGCUCCGACCGCCGAUGCUCCGCGGGCGGGUGGAGUGCGACUGUCGAUCCUGUUAGACGGCGUGAUUCGUACGAAGGGCAAUACGCGCAAGUCUGUCGCGAUCAUGCCUGGUCAUGAAGAGCGCGAUGAGGAUUGUGAAGACUCACGAGGUGGUACGCGAUCGCGCAAUUUAGGAGGCCAGGGGCUCUUGCUGCCAGGCGGCGCUAACCGGCGUGCCAUGCCGAGACUUUCGAUUUUUGCAGAGUUCAAGGCUGAUAAUGGCGGACGCAAAAAGAGCAACUUGACUCUCCUUGGAAACGUACUCUCUCCUGAUCGAACUCUUGGAGGGCCAAAUCUGAUGAGCGGAGGGUCACCGCUUGGCGGAAUGCCCUUCGGCGCAAACACCAGUCUGCCACUGUCGCCUAUCAAAAAUAAAGCGAAAGCGCACGCGCGGAGCAUGUCCGUUAUUCUGAAGGACGAGGAAGACGCGAGACAGCAAAAAGUGAAGGCAGAGUGCAGUCGCGCAGCUCUGGCGCAAAUGAAGCGCUGGCUCUUGGGCAGCAUGAUUAUGCUCGAAAUUUUAGCAUGUCCGAUUAGGUACUAUUCUUCUCAGAUAUUACAAAUUUUAAUUUUUGGCAUCAUCAGGAAGUCAGUCGGAAGCCUACAGAUACGGCGUUCAGGAACAUUCUAAUAUCUAUCGGACUUUCGCACAAGACGUUUGGUUCGCUUGUCGAUUGCUGAAUCCGUUGGACAAAACCUUGAUAAUUCAAGAGCGGAACAAAAAGAUUAAGAAAGUGACGGAAAAGCGCGUUGCGCCACUCCGAUCCAGCCUGAAAAGUGAUCGCGUUUCAGCGGUGGGCGCACUAGGAUCGUCGUCAAAUGGUACAGCGACAUCUCCCUCGAACUCAUCAACAAACGGUGGAACUGUGAGCAAGCAGUCUAGUGUUGUAACAGGAGGUCCGUCAAUGCCCUCGGGAGGAGCGAUACGCAGUGGGUCGCCCACUGCAGCGGCUCGGGCCGUACAAGUCUUCGCGACUGGACCAGGCACGACAGCAAGUAGUCCAUCGAGCGCAGCCGGGGGGCCAUGCUGAUUUACCAUAAUACAUCUCCAUAGUUUGUGUCUGUUUCAUGUCAUGUAGUAAUGUGCUUACAUCUUCGUUUUUCGUACUUGCAUGCAUAGAGUUUGACUUACUACUAAUAAUGUAUAUAUUACCUUCGAUUUUGUAAAAUUUAUUUUUGUUCUCAUCACAACCUGCAUAGUGACAGACAGGAUUUUGAAUGUAAGUCAGCGAAUACUCAGUAUCUCUUGGAAUGUAGAUUAAGUUGCAGCAUCCUGUUGUAGAAGAAGUAUCUCCAAUAGUUAGUGCAAACCGAAUCGGCUAACAUCAUCAGUUAGUGCAAACUUUGUGAAUAGAGCUGAAUAUACCAAAAUAGCUAGAAUGAUGGUUAAAGUUUCGAGUUGUUUUUGCAUAGAUUGCAGUUUCGAGUCAUUUUUCGUCCAUUUUCGAGUCAGUGAGUGAAUCAGCCAGUAGGCUUUUGCUGAAGUGCAACCGAUGCACAGAAGUUUGAUAAACAUCGCGCCAUGUAGUUAUACAUGUGAUACAGGAAGACUAAGUACGUGCGUGAGCUACUGCUAAAGUGAAAUAUGCAGAUCACGUUGGAAGGGCUGCUUUUGUAGGUAGA